UCUCUGUUAUCUGUGAACACACUGGUCCUGUUCACAGGGACUUCUGCAUCCUGGUUCCUGGUUCACACCAGAUCUUCUCACAGAGAUACGGGACCACUUAGAGUCUGCGUCAGUGUCCCGGUGUCUGGACAUAUCAGGAUGAGUGACGUCCGGUUGGCUUUGGCUUCCUCCCCCGUCCCCACGGAAACAGGCCCGUCACCGGGAUGUAGUUCCCACGGCAACGAGCCGCCGGCCUUCAUCCUCCCCCCCCGAAACGCCCGGGUGGCCCUGGGGGGGGACGCCCGACUGGAGGGCAAGGUGAGAGGGCAUCCACAGCCUCAGGUCACAUGGCUCAGAGAGGGGAGGGCUGUGAUUGGUGGAGAGCGCUGCGUGGUGUCUCAAGGUGCGAGGGGCACCUUCAGCCUGGUGGUGGGCGGAGUCAGAGAGGAGGACGCCGGCCGCUACACCUGUCAGGCAACCAAUCAGGCCGGGAGCCGCCAGGUUACCGUGGAGAUCCUCCUGGAAGCUGCAGGGAUCUCGAUGCCGAUCCCGGUGCUGGGACUCCGAGACCACUCCAAGGUCUUCAAAGAUGGCAGCUGCCUGCUGACCGAUAACAACUUCGUGCUGGUCGGCUCCUUCGUGGCCUUCUUCGUGCCCCUCACCAUUAUGGUCGUCACCUACUUCCUGACCAUCAGCGCGCUGCAGAACGAGGCCACGCUCUGCCUGGACCAACUCGUGCCGCGGCCGAAGUGGAGCACCACGUUCGCGCUGACGCAGACCUCCCUGUCGUCCGAGAAACUCUUCCGGCGUUCGAUAAGCCGCGAAGCCGGCGGCAGAGGAAGCGGCAGCGCCGGCGGGCGCGGCAGCGUCUCGGGCUCGCUGUUCGGACGCCGCACCAUGCAGUCCAUCAGCAACGAGCAGAAGGCCUCCAAGGUCCUCGGCGUGGUGUUCUUUCUCUUCGUGGUCAUGUGGUGCCCGUUUUUCGUCACCAACGUGCUCGUGGUGGCGUGCGACCCGGCAGUGUGCGACGCGGGACUCAUGGGCGGCCUGCUCAACAUCUUCGUGUGGGUCGGGUACCUGUCGUCCGCGGUCAAUCCGCUCGUCUACACGCUGUUCAAUAAAACGUACCGAGCAGCGUUCCUGCGCUACGUUCGCUGCCGGUUCCAUCCGGAGAGGAAGCGCCUUCAGCUGAUUCUGGUGAACACCAUACCGCCGAUGGCGUACAGCUCGACCCAGCUGCCCCUGGGCGACAUCGCCAAGUUACAAAACGGAGUGGCGCACGCCAGCGGCGAUGGGAAGGACUGCUCUUUACCUGGACGCGAAAUGGAGACGCGCACGCCGGACAAGAGUCACGGAGGCAAGGACGAGAGCCGUGUGUGAAUAUCAGCCUGUUGAGAACUCGCGGUGUCACUGCCUGAUGUGAGUCGAGCGAGCGCCGAUGUGAGUCGCGCACGCUCAGUUUUAAAACGGUUUACGGCACAACCGGUCCCUCCAGAGAAAGGCCGAUCAAACUACCAAACUCAGCUUGAAAGCAGGGCGUCUCGGUUCUCCUUCCAGGUGAACUAGAGUUCGGUUCUCUUCAGGUGAGAACGCGAUCUGACCCAAACACAGAAAGUGAACCGACAACCAGAGCAUUCGCUAGCCUGCAGCUUCAACAUCGCACGCAACUUACGGACUUACCGGUCCCUUUAGAAAAACGUGAUUCAACGCAUAAUCACCCAAAGUCUGCAUAUUUAUGCACUUUCGCCGCAUAAAUUGCCGAUUUCCGCGCUAAAUAUGCGGUGCUUGCGUGA